AUGUUCUUCACCCAAACAUUGCGUUCGUCCUACCGAUACCUGCAACGGCAGGCCCAUGAGAGCCCCGUCAUCUUCUAUUCGUGUGUUAUUGGUGCUAUUGGGCCAGUGAUGGUGGUGACGGUACCCCCAAUUCGUGAGCGGAUGGGAUGGAGACCUGCCGAGAUAGUUCCUACUUCGUACCCGCUUCCCCAACGCGCACGGACGCCAGUACAAGGCUACGAGGACCAGUAA